CUGACAGAUAGUUGACAGAACUGGUGCACUCUGGCUGCAGUCAUUAUGAUGCUGUCCUGUCUUAUUUUGUCCCUGAUGCUUGCAGGUGCAGCAUCAGGGAGUAAUGUUGAGAAGAGAAUCGUGGGCGGUUCAUCAUGUAAGACGGAGGGGAAAUACCAUGUGAAGGUGAGCUGGAAAGAUGGCCAAUCCCCCUGUGGAGCUUCCCUGCUCAACACCAAUUGGCUCCUCACUGCCGCUCGUUGCGGAAAACGUUUGCUGCUGAAAGCUGGAAAGACACAUUAUGGUCUAUUUUAUGGAUCCAAUAUUCAGAAAAUUGAUGUCAAACAGCAGUAUUUCUACGGCGAGGAAAAUGAUAUUAUGCUCAUUAAACUAAACAAAGCAGUAAAGGCCAAAUACGCCAUAGAGCUUCCUCCCGGUGAGGCUGGCGCCGAGGAGGCUGCCCCCGAAGAGGCUGCCGACGAGGAGGCUGCCCCCGAGGAGGCUGCUCAGGGAGUCUCUACUCCUCCCGUGAAGCAAUGCACUGGCCCCAGCCUGCGUCAGACGGUUCAGAUCGGAGGCUGGGGAGACAAUGGUGGCAAACCAAAACAUCGUUGUGCGAAGACUAAGAUAACCAAAUGUGAGGAUAAAGACAAAAAGGGAGGGAAGCAUGCAACAACCCUUAUGUGUGCUCACAGCGCUGGUGUCCAGUCAUGCGAGGGUGAUGCAGGCUCGGCGAUGGUGUACGACAAUAAACUGUAUGGUAUCAUCGUCAACAAACGUAGCAACGAUUGUACCAACGUAUCGGAGAUUCUUGAUAUCUGCUUCUACCUGGACUGGAUUACCAAAACCAUGCGAGAAAAUCCGUAAUUGAGCUGUAAAAGUCUCUUAGAUCCAAUGAGAUACUCAACAGACAUAAUAAAAUUGUGUCUCCUUAUGAAUUUCCAUGUGUUCAUUUUAAGUGCAAGUCAAGUAAGUUGUGGCAUUCAACUGUUUUUAUAAAAUAUUUACAAUGGUUUUUUUGGAAGUUGAAAUUACAACAAAAAAGGUUUUAUUUUCACAAAUAUCGGAAAUCCAAACAUAUCUUCAGCAGGUUUAUUUCUCUAAAGUAUCAGUUAUUUAUACACAAUAAAAAAAAAUUUGGACUCUGUCCUAGUUUUACAGGACAAAGUAAAUACUGAAGAACGUAGACCUAGCUGGACUAGGCUUUGUGCUCAAUAUUAGCUUAAUUUGCCCCAAACCCAAAUUGUGUAUCCAACCUAAAAUAAAAACAAAAACAGUGACUUGAUUCUAUACGUAACCUUAUACACUUAUAGUCUGGAUCAUUGAUGGUCUCAAAACAACACACCUUUGCAUGAAACACACUAAGCAUGCUUUCACCAAAGAAAAUUUGAACAAAAACAUGCGCACAUACAAACAGACACACCUUGGCAAAAAUACUGAUGUGUACAAUGCCACAAAGAUCGUACUCAAGAUUUCAGACGUAUGCAGUGUAGUCUGGUUUCAAUCGUCUGAACAUAGACAGUCUGUCAGGCGCACUUGGUUGAGGAUUUUCUGCAAAGUAUCGAGUCUUGAAAGGGUUCCUCUGAAUCAAAUGAUCUUCACCAAGGGGAAGUAUUUGUGGACUGAGAAGUCAAACUCUGGGAGAACCUAAGAAGGAAGAUAUAUUGUCGUUUAGUCGCGACCCUUGUGUCAGCUCACAACACAACAUUACUACCCGCAUGUCUGACCCAAAAGUGGACGCAUGUGUUUUUCCAGGAUGUGUUACCUUGUUCUCCUUCUUGUGUCCCCCGGCCAAGAGCUUCAUGACCACCAUGUUGGGUUUGGCCACCUUGAGGAUGCGGUUCACCUGUCAGCAGCAAACAUCAAUAACCAGUUAGCAGUAACAGUAUGCGGGUACAAUUCAGAAAGCACACUACAGAAUACACGCAGA